AUGGGUCUUACACCAUUGCAGAAAUGCACUUCUGCUAUUCGUAUGUUAGCAUAUGGAUCUUCUGCUGACAUUGUAGACGAAUAUGUUCGAAUUGGUGAAAGCACUGCAAUUGAGUGCUUAGAGAGAUUCGUAAUGGGCGUGAAUGAGGUAUUUGGGGCCGAGUAUUUGCGAAGGCCUAAUAACAAUGAUGUUGAACAUAUUUUACAAAUGGGGGAGUCACGUGGAUUUCCAAGCAUGCUAGGUUCCAUUGAUUGUUCGAACAAUGACAUUAAUGUGUUAAACCAAUCCAAUGUGUUUAAUGAUAUUUUGGAAGGACGUGCUGCUAGUGUGCAAUAUACAAUCAAUGGAUCUCCAUAUAAUAUGGGGUAUUAUUUAGCGGAUGGUAUAUAUCCUGAGUUGGCUACAUUUGUCAAAACCAUUUCGAUGCCGCAAGGAGAAAAGAGAAAACUAUUUGCACAACACCAAGAAUCAGCUAGAAAGGAUGUGGAACGGGCAUUUGGAGUGCUUCAAUCUCGUUUUGCAAUAAUACGUGGUCCAGCGCGUGCUUGGCACAUGGAAACCCUCAAGCAUACCAUAUAUGCUUGCAUCAUAUUGCACAACAUGAUUGUCGAAGACGAACGACAUACAUAUGAAGGUGAUUUUGAUUACUCUUACGAUAAUGUAGGUAACAACAACUCAACGACUGAAACUUCUAACGGUCCUCAUCCGAAUCUUGCAACACGACUACAAAGAAGAGCAAAUCUUCGUGAAAAACAAGUUCAUCGCCAACUUCAAGGCGAUCUAGUCGAGCAUAUUUGGGAACGUUUUGGACAUGAGGACGAUGAAAAUUAA